UGUUGACUCAGGUAGAUUUCCAAGUUUUCAUUUUGGCAGAAGGGCGACAAGAAUGAAGAUCAGUCGGCUGCCGGAUCACUCUUUCUUAUAGCCUUUUGCAUUUUGUAAACGAGACUGUGACGAAUAAAUCGCAAUUUAUUGGAAUAACAGUGAAAUCUUGGUUAAACAACUUUGAUCUUUCCGGACUUCCGGAAGAAGAGUGAAACCGUCAGACUGCGACAUUUCCUCCAUAUGUUACCCUGAGGCUUCAGGCCACUGACAGUAAUUGUAAAAGCAGUCGCCAUAGGUCAGUCUGGGCCGAGGGUUGACCAUAUGGAGAACAACUCAUCCUAUGUCAGUGCUCCCAUUGAGGAAGGUCCAUACCAAGAACGUUCUGUUGACCCAGUGGAAUUUGUGAUCCAGCCCCCUAGAGUGUGUCACAAGGUCAAUCACAAGGAUGCCAAUGGUAACACCACCGGGCCGGAGACUGUCCGCUUUCUUCCUGCCAAAAAAGAGCCCGUGUCAAGGACGUGCAUGUGUGGGCCUUGCGCAUCUGUGACUAGCUGCAGGAAACUCUUUUGUAGUGUAUUGACUUGUGGACUGUAUCGUGUAUGCCAGCGUUUGCCCUGUCUGAUUUCGGGCGACAGCUCAGCUGUCAACACACAGGAGGAUGACCCUUCAGACUCUGCAGAAGUUAACAGUCGCUUUUAUCCUGACGUCCGUAUUGGUGGCGUACAGGUAGACGCCUCAAUCAUUAAUGAAGUAGAGGAGAAUGUCUUUCUCAGUUCCAAAAUUGAGAUGGACAGUUCAAUCUACAUCAGAAACUUACCGGAAGACUUCAUCGAUGGCGAUGAAGCAGAGAAUGUGGACAGACUCAUCACUCAGAAGCUUAUGGAGGUCUUCUCUGAGUUUGAGAUCAAUGAGCUUGCUAAAUGCACCUCGGACUCUAUGUUCUUGCGGCGUUCGCGAGAGAUUAGUCAGCUGAUCUCGGAAAUCGUGCAGGAGCACAAAAUGGAGGAGCAGGAGGCUGAGUGCAGGCUGGUGCGUGAGAUCAUUCGCAUCAGUACACGUAAGAGCAAGAAAAAGCCGCAGAUCAGAAAGGAGCCGCAGCGAGACAGUGGCAAUGAAACCUGGAACAGUAAAAGAAACAGCAGCUUCAAUUCCAUCAGUGAUGGGAAGCUGCAAAUUUCACUGGAGAGAUCUGAUGAUAUUGAGGCCAGGAAGUUACGCAACAACAGUAAGCAGGCUUACUCUGCCAGUUUCCAGGAAACAGGUGUGCCGGUCACACCUGACACACCUUUACUAACCAGCAGCAUACAUGCUUGAGAAACUCCUUUCCAAGUGAACAUAAGUUCCAUUCCAAACCGUCCAUAAACCAUCUUCUGUUUUAUAGUUAUAUCUUAAUUCAUUUUUUAAAGUAUACUCUUAGAAGCUGUGAUUCCACAAGCAGUCAUUGGGGUUUGGUUUUUAGGUAGACACAAUUGUAUUCUUCUGUUUAAAUAUUUCUGUAUGAUGUGUAUUGGCAUGCACUGUCCAGCAGACAUUUGGAAGCAACUGACUUUGAAGAAGGACGAACAGUUGCUGAGUAUGAAGAAUAAUAAACAGUUUCUGCCCGGUUGCAUGAAAGCCCAUAGGUGAGGGUUUUCCUGAGGGGGGAAAUCCCUUCCCUUCCAUUUAAAAGCAUUGCAACAAAGGUCUUAAUCGUCACCCAAGUGUUUAUACUUAGCAUUUCACAAUAAUUCCUUUCAGAACACUGCAAGAAAGAAGCGGUUGCCGUAGUUACGCUAUAAAACAUACAUACCAUUGACUUUAAUAAACCACAAAUUUAACAAUACAGCUACUAAAACAUUUGAGUUGUGGACAAUAUUAACAGUACAGUAAAAAAACUAAAGACGCUAAAUAUAUUGUUUUAGAUAAAUACGCAAAAAGAAAAAAAAACAUCCCUCUAAAUCCGCUAUAACGCAUCAAACUGAUAUUUUUUCAAUAGUUUCGUAUCAUUAGUCUCAUUUUAUUUUUGAAAUAGCGUCAUAACUUUAUCCAUUUCAGUGAACAUGAUAUCAUUCAUUGCAUUUGAAACUUAAGGGAACUGUAUUGUUAGAAUAGGGACCAAUUCUCAAUAUUAACUAACUAUUUACUACGACUUUUUUCUCAAUAAACUUCUAAUUACUGCUGAUAAGGUAGUUUUUAGGUUUUGUUAUUGGGUAGGAUUAAGUGAUGUAGAAUAAGGUAAUGCAGAAUAAGGCAUUACUAUGUGCUUUAUACAUACUAAUAUACAGCCAAUAUGCAUGCUAAUAAGCAAGUAGUUAAUGAUGAAUUUGUGUACCUAAAUAUAAAGUUUAACCAAAAAAGUAACUUAAAGACUUUGUUGCAAUGCAUAACAGAACUUAAGGGAACAUUUUAACAGUUAAUGGUAAAUACUUAUUGACAGCCUUAAGGUUUCCUUAAGUGAACGCUUUUUCUUGCAACCCCGGGCACUGACCUCUUUAUACGCAAAUCGAGCCAUAAUUGAGAUAAAAUUGUCAUAUUUUACCACACACUAUGCCAACCACAAAAUUAGCCUGUUCAUGAAGAUUAAGCAUUCUUACAUUGUGACAUUAUUUUAAUGAAGUUUAAUCACAUUUACAUUUAUGCAUUUGGCAGACGCUUUUAUCCGUAGCGACUUGCAUUGCAUUGUACUAUACAUUUCUUUAAAGGUGCAGUAAGUAAUUUCUGAGAAAUUCUGUUGUUAUUUAAAACCAAUGCCCUUACAAACACAACCCUGUCUUCAUUGCUCUGCCCUCGAAGUAAUGAACAAUUGCUGACUCUCUCUCCUCCAUCAUAUGCAUAUACAUAUUGCUGAUUUGCUACGAAUGUAUGUGUGUAUUCACUUAAUUUCGCUUCAGUUUAAAACAAUUUUUCAACUUGCAUAAUGGACAUGUAAAUGCUAAUAAAAUUGUUUGUUUAUGUGUUCA